AUGGACUCCGAAUCUACAGUGAAUCUAUUGAUUCAAGAUAUAGAUGAUGAGGUGAUGCAUAAAGAGAUUACUAAUAUUAAUCGUAAUGAUAUGAACACAACGGACCCUGAGGAACCAUUAGAUUUACCUGGCAAUAGCAGUAAUAGCUCUAUGGAUUCUGUGAAACAUGUAGACAUAAGUCAAGUACAAGAUGAUCCAAGCGAUACAUCAACAAACAUAGAGUCGAAUAACCAUUAUGAUUUAGCUGCACCUGUCAAAAUACAUCCAAAGACAACUGAUCCGCUAGUCACUCCGGAUUUGAGGAAUGGAGCAACAGAAGUAAUGUCUGGCCCAACUCUAGCAAGUACUACCAAUCGUGUUUAUAUGAAUAGAAGUCCAAAUUCGAGCACAGAAAGAUUAAGAGAGAUGUUAAAAGAAGAAGCAGAUGAUAUUGAAACAGAAAUUGAACAAAGUGUGGAUAUUUUAUUCAAUCCAACUGCUCCUAAGAGGUUUUCGUUAGGUUCAACAAAGCCAUUGCUACCAUUUAACAACCCUCAAGGUAAUGAUCAUGGAAGUAUUGCACGGUAUGUGUCGAAUUCAGAUGGUGACGAUAUGGAUUAUUCAUUUUCUGCUGCUUCGAAUGAGUUUGGUGAGCAAUCACCUCUGGUUCAACAUUCUCCGUUUAAGAUUCCAGUGAGUAAUACUGUGACCAUAAAUCGAUACACCAACACAUAUGGGGUGAAUGAUAUAGUCGAAGACUUAUCAAACUCAACCUUUUCGGAUAAUAAGGAUAGCGAACCGCACUCUAUUUCAAGAUUAGUAUCGGAAGGUACUGAUUUCCUGUCUACUAUUCAGCCCCCAAGUAUACCCCCUACCCCCGAAAUGAGACCAUUCAUAGAUUCAAAAACUCUUGAUGAAGAAAGUAACAAUUAUUCGAAGAAACUUAACACAAGAAUAUUUAGUAUGGCAACCACUAUAGGCGAUUAUGAAUCAGCUUUGGAACAGCAAAGUGAUAUCGGAUCAAUGGUACAAUGUAUUGACGAAACAGACGACGUAUCUGAGUCGGAUAUAAUCGAUACAUUGAAUAUUUCUUCGACAACAGCUAAUUUUGAGAAGGAGAGUAUAUCGGAUAAUGAUAGCUUGAAUAAUAAUACGUUCAUGAGCGGUGUGGUCUCCUCAAUUGGAUCAGUCCAAUUAGAAAAGGAAAGUGAGUCAUGUGAUAAUAGCACAUCAUCAAAUAAUGAAAGUGAGUCCGUCUAUAAGAUCUCGUUAGAAAAUGAAAAGUUGAUGGAGUACACUAAUAAAAAGAUCCUUCAAGCUGAGGACAAAAUAGAAAAUAUAAUUAAAGAUACGAAUAUUCCAAUCAGUACAUUGCCUAUCCUUCCAAAUGAAAAGGAGGAAGGAUUACCUUCCAAAUUAUCAGUCACUUCCACAGAUGUAUUAAACAUUACAACCGAUCAGGAAUCAUUUUUAGAGAGUUCUUCUAGGAAAAAUGCAAUGGAAGAAGAUGCCGACCGUUUGCCUCUUGCACCAAAGCAUCCACCGAUUAUUCCGGGGUUUGCGACUUCGGAACCUGGAAAUACUGAAACUAAUGAUGGUUCGUUGAUUGGAACUCUCCCAGAAAUCGACGUCGAGAUUACCGGUAAUGCACAAGAAUAUUUGAUGAACAGCUCUAAAGAGAAUAACGAGAAUUCAAUAUUAACAGAUGCAGGGACAAAUAAUUCAAACGUUGAUGACGUUACCUUUGAAGAAAACCAAACUUUGGAUGAACUAGAUAGUUCAUUAGCCUUAGAUCCGUCCCCGAUUCUACUGAACGCAGUUCUAACUCUCCCUGAGAUGUCCAAAUCUGAAAUGGUACAAACUCUCUCAAAAGAUUCAAAUAUUGUUGAAAAUAUUUUACCAGAAGUCCCUGGAUUUGAACCUCUUCACUUAGAAUCGCCUUUCGACUUGGAGGCAGAUUCUUCAUUUGGUUCUACCAAAUCAGAAGAUCCAGACAAGCCAACUAAUUACUUGAACGUAUGGCACAUACAAGAGUCAUCUCAUAUGCCUGAACGAAAAUUAUCGGUUACAAGUAGGCCAGUUGGAGCACCAAAGUCGAUAUCCCGAAAUGUCUCUUCAUAUUCUUUCAAGCCUAGAUUAGUUCAUAGGCCAAAGAUUCAUUAUUCCGAUUCAUCAACUAAGACAAAUGUGCAAAAAGAUCCGUUACUAGGCGAUGACUGUAUUGCUGAAUCAUUUUCAACUGAUUUUGAAUACCUAUUAAAUCAAAUUUCUACAGACGAUCAUUCAUUUGAUGAAAUGAGUCAAAACCCAUCAUAUGGUCGAUUAAAUAUAUGGAACAAAGAUAAGGAUAUUUUGCAUCCAAGUAUAACUAAAUCUGAAAAUACUCCGCCUCAUAAAAAACUUAAUAUUGAACAGGUGAUAGGGCAAGAUGAAGAGGGUAUAAUGAAAUCCCAGGUUAAAAAUGUUAUAAUUGGAAAGGCAUCAAGUAUUAAAAGUUUCCAGGUUGAAUCCGAUGAUAACGUAAGUUUUAGGGAUGAGGGAUUAGUAAAUGAUGAGGGACUUGGAACACCAGAGAAAUACAACGAACUCGAAAGUAUUUAUCGUUCUAACGAGAACCAUAUCGAGAGUCCGUUUAAAGUAGUACUUAAUGAAUCCAAUAAUUCGCCAAGCAAAAUGGCAGGCGGUAAUCCUUUUUUCACCUCUAAUAUGCGUACGAACGAGAUAUUCAAAAAAAAUAGUUCUAUUAGUCAAAAUAUACCUCCUCAGAAAAUCCGUCAAGAAUUUACUGAACCACCUAAACCAGUAGUUGUUAUUUCAAAAUCAAAAGGCCAGGAUGAAUUGGAUGAGUUCAUUGUCAUCGAAAAUGGUAAAGAGGAUCCACCAGAUAACGGUAUAAUAUAUGUCCUUUUAAAUAAGAUCAAUGUUGAACUUUCUGAUGUGGCAAGACAUGACCCUAAGUUUUCUUUAGAAAUCGAUAAUGGUAUUAAUGUAGUCAACACACCUUGGAAAGCUCUCUCUGACGACAAAAUUUUGGAUCUAGGAAAGGAGCUAGAAAUUCCUAUCAGAAGCCUUAAUCAAACAAUCUAUUUAACUUUAAAAUGUCAGUACACAAGGCCUCAAUUUGAAUUAUAUGAGGUCAUGGAAAAAGUCAAGACAGGUAAAAAAUAUCACGGAUUGGGUAAAACAAAUUAUAGAUAUGAAAAGAGGUACAAACAGAAAAAAGUCCAAACUGAUGAUUGGGAUUAUACCUUUGCUCCAGAUGGCUCAUUUGGUAGUGCUGAGAUACAUUUAGAUGAGAAAUUCUUAAGUGCCUGUAAAUUUAAUGAGAAUAAGGAUGUUAGAGUCAAUUUAGAAAAUAAAUGGGGUCGUUUAAAACAAACAUCACAAAAUCUAGGAACAGAUUCGAAUCCUUUGAAAAGAAAGCCUUAUGUAAUUGGUAAUAUAUCAUUGGAUACUUGUUAUCUCCAGAGAUCAUCUCCUUUAGAAAGAUUUCCAAAAUCUCUAAAGCUUGUUCAUGAUAUGGUCGGAAGAUUAAAAUCACAGCGCAGUAUUAAGAAAGAAGGUUCGCUAUUGCAGGAGGGUGGUGAUAUUCUAGGGUUGCUCAAGAAAAGAUAUUUUAAGUUAGAAGGAAACACCUUAACAGGCUAUCAUGAAAUUUCGAGAAAGGCUAAAAUUGAUAUUAAUUUGCUAAAUGCAAUUGAUGUGAUCGACAGCAACGAUUUUCAAUCUAAAAAGGCAACAAAUAGAGAUUUUACAAAUCUCGUUUUAUUCGGUGAAAGUUUCAAAAUUAUAUUCAAUGAUGGUGAAAUUAUUUCCUUUAAUUCAGACACCUCUGCGAUCGAAACUAGAGACUGGUAUAACAAGAUUAAAGAGAGUAUUGCAUUGAAUGUCGUUCAUCAACCAUGGGUAAAAAAAAUUAUCGACUAUACAUUGUAA